AACUACAGUUCCCGGCAGGCAGCGCGGCGGCCGACGGCGGCGGCGGCGGCGGCGGCGGCGGCGGAGGAGGGCGAGUAGAAGAGCCCUUGCGCGCGCGGCGAGGAUGGAACGUUGCUAGAGUUCGCGGGUCUCGCUGCGGGGGGUCGGAGCUGCACGCCUCGAGCCGCCGCGCGCCAAAGCGGGAAUCCCGGAGGCGUGCAGUUCUGCAGUUAAUGCACGCGUUUAAAACUCCAGAAGCUGUGGACGCCAUGCAUAGGAAACACCUCCAGGAGAUUCCAGACCAGAGUAGCAACGUUACCACCAGCUUCACGUGGGGAUGGGAUUCUAGUAAGACUUCUGAACUGCUGUCAGGCAUGGGGGUCUCUGCUCUGGAGAAGGAGGAGGUGGACAGUGAGAAUAUCCCCCAGGAACUGCUCUCAAAUCUGGGCCACCCUCAGAGCCCGCCCCGAAAACGGCUGAAAAGCAAGGGGAAUGACAAGGACUUUGUCAUAGUCCGCAGGCCUAAGCUAAAUCGAGACAGCUUUCCAGGUGUUUCCUGGGACUCACUUCCAGAUGAGCUGCUCUUAGGAAUCUUUUCCUGUCUGUGCCUCCCUGAACUCCUGAAGGUCUCCAGUGUUUGUAAGAGGUGGUAUCACCUAGCGUUUGACGAGUCUCUGUGGCAGACCUUAGACCUCACAGGUAGAAACCUGCACCCAGAUGUGAUUGGCCGGUUGCUGUCUCGAGGAGUAGUUGCCUUCCGCUGCCCACGAUCAUUUAUGGAUCAACCAUUGGUUGAACAUUUCAGCUCUUUCCGUGUGCAGCACAUGGAUCUGUCCAACUCUGUAAUCGAUGUGUCUACCCUCCAUGGCAUUCUGUCCCAGUGCUCCAAGUUGCAGAAUCUAAGCCUGGAAGGCCUACAGCUGUCAGACCCCAUUGUCAAUAAUCUUGCACAAAACUCAAAUUUAGUGCGACUAAAUCUUUCUGGGUGUUCUGGAUUCUCUGAGUCUGCCCUGAAGACCUUGCUGAGCAGCUGUUCCAGAUUGGAUGAGCUGAACCUCUCCUGGUGUUAUGACUUCACUGAAAAGCACGUGCAGGUGGCUGUGGCGCAUGUGUCAGAGACCAUCACCCAGCUGAAUCUCAGCGGCUAUCGAAAGAAUCUCCAGAGAUCAGAUGUCUCUACCUUAGUUGGAAGAUGUCCCAAUCUUGUGCAUCUAGACUUAAGCGAUAGUGUCAUGCUGAAGAAUGACUGCUUUCCGGAAUUUUACCAGCUUAACUACCUCCAACAUCUGUCACUCAGUCGGUGCUAUGAUAUAAUACCUGAAACUUUACUUGAACUUGGAGAAAUCCCCACACUAAAAACACUACAAGUUUUUGGAAUCGUGCCAGACGGUACCCUUCAACUGUUAAAAGAAGCCCUUCCUCAUCUGCAGAUUAAUGGUUCUCAUUUCACCACCAUCGCCAGGCCGACCACCGGCAACAAAAAGAACCAGGAGAUAUGGGGCAUCCGAUGCCGGCUGACACUGCAAAAGCCCAGUUGUCUAUGAAGUAUUUAUCGCAAGAUGGUGUCUCCUCUUUUCUUUGGAACAGGGAAAAUAGGCAGGAAGCCCGCUUGCUGGAGCACUCAGCUGUUUUUAUUCUUGGUUUUCCCUUUGCCUUCAUUCUGCAAGUAUGUUAGACAGCCAUUUGAGAGAGAAGACUAUGAAGUUUUGCUUUUUCUAAAUAACCAGAAAAGCUUCGGUCACUGCUUUGUACACUUAGAAGCCUAAGUUUAAGGCUUUUGGGAAUUUUAGGAGAGCCUGUAAUUUCAGGAUGCCUUAAGCAGCAAGAUUUGAGCCACCUCUUUCAAGUGCCCUUCUUAUUAAAUCUAUUUAGAAUCAAGCGUAAGAAUCACCACCAGCAAAUCGUUCUCACAAUCUAUAUGGUGACUUCUAUUUAAUUUUUCAGUAUUGCUUUAUGAGACAUAGACUGCUAGAAGUGUUUGUGUUGUGAACGGAACAAAAGGAGAAUCAUAGGAUAGUAGCAUUUGUGGCAACCUCUUCUGGAGAUAGAAAAAUAUGCAUUUCAGCUUUGCCUGUAGAUAUGAAAUUAGGUUCAUGGAAACAAAUAGCUCUGGGCAAUUCACACUAAAUGACAAAUGACUGACCGAUCAGAGGUGAAGAAUUGGUAUAGAAUUUGAAAGCUCAAGAGGCAGUUUUCUAUGACAGGUCAAUCUGAAGUAUCUUCUCAUGCACAUCAGUGAAGUUUCCAUAAUGUCCUGUGCUCGCAGAAUUCCGAAUUAGCUGAGGAAAUAUAAUUGUGGUCUUCUAACUUUGUGAUCAAAUGACGUUAACAUGGGUUCUUUCGCUUUUAAAAUGGCUCGCUUUGUUUCAGACAGAUGCUAGUAGCCGGUCAGUCUUUAUUCUUGAAAUGUUGGAUGGAAUGCCAAACUGAAGUUGCCUGCCAUUUUUCCUUUAUUGUCCAAGUUCUUGAAGUUAUUUUUAUAUUACUCUGGAAUCAAGUAUUUUCAAUUGCCUUUUUAAAAAAAAUGUCCCCCACAAUAAUUGAAAGUCAUUAUUUUCUAAAGUUACCGGACCUGGAGUUGCCCAAGAACUACAUGUUCAUUCACUCAGAAAUACACAUUAGAAGUAGGGUGUGAGUUCCAUGCAGUUUCUAAGCAGUGAGACAACUUGAAAUGACAUCAAGGUUAAGACUCAGGUGUGGAAUCUUUUGAUAGCAACAGUGCUUUUUUUUUUUUUUUUUUAAUAAUGUCUAGAAGAAAAAGGAUUAAAUUCUACUUUAAAACAAAACACUAAUUUUUUAAUUUAAAUUGAUCUUCCCAUGUGUUCAAAAUGAACAAAAAAGCUAAAACCUGUUAUUUCUAUUAAUUGUUUUUAAAUCAGAUUCUUCAAAUGUCAGAAACAACAAUUCGAAGUGUCCUUAAUCUGCCCAAACCUAAGGAGGAACAUUUUAAAGUGGUCUUAUGCAGGAAAUAAUUAUGUUUUGAUUUUGUACUGAUUAAAAAGUGCUACAUAUACUACAUGAAAUUAUUGUUUACAGAUUAGAGACAAGGGCUGAUGAUAAUACCCAACUGGGCUGUGAUUUCCAGAUGCCCUCAAAUGUACAGUACUUCCAAACUCAAGUCCAGCCAUAAGCUAUUUUGCUAACAUGUCAGAGUGAUCUGUAUUUUUGUAUGUGAUUUCUACUUUUAUAGACCUGUUUUAAAAUAAAACACAUUUUUAUAAAAAUGA